UGUCAAAGCGUGGACUAGUAAACACCGAACACCAAACAACCAAGUGGUGGGCUUUUGUUGAAGAUUGUGCCCAGAAAAUUAUUUGCCCUUUGCAUCACAUCACAUCUGUGAUAUCUUCACACGUAUAAAUCUCACUGCUUUGCAUAUAAAAACAGUCCCAGAAUGCGGAAAUUCGGGAGCGGCAGACUCAGAAGCCUUCUCAUCCAUUCUUUUCAGCAAAAGCAUAUUCUUCGUCCACAUCACCCAAGCUCCUUGCUUUCUUCUUCUCUCCCACGUUUCUUGUCUUCCUCUACUCCAGUCCUAGAUUUCCCUCCUUCUUCUACUUCUUCCAUGGCUGACCCCUCUGCUUCCAAGCUCCCUGUCACUCUUCAGAACAUAAAUCCCAAGAUUUUGAAAUGUGAAUAUGCUGUCCGAGGUGAAAUUGUCACCCUUGCCCAGAGGUUACAAGAAGAAUUACUGGCUAAUCCAGGCUCUCAUCCCUUUGACGAGAUACUUUACUGCAACAUUGGAAAUCCCCAGUCUCUUGGUCAGCAUCCAAUAACCUUUUUCCGAGAGGUACUUGCAUUAUGUGACCAUCCAUCCAUCUUGGACAAAAGCGAAACACAGGGUCUAUUCAGUGCAGAUGCAAUAGAGCGGGCAUGGCAGAUUCUAGAUCAAAUUCCUGGAAGAGCAACUGGUGCAUACAGUCAUAGUCAGGGUAUCAAGGGUUUACGUGAUACAAUUGCUGCUGGAAUUGAAGCUCGUGACGGAUAUCCUGCUGAUCCAAAUGAUAUUUUCUUAACAGAUGGUGCAAGCCCUGCGGUCCAUAUGAUGAUGCAAUUGCUGAUAAGCUCAGAGCAGGAUGGGAUUCUUUGUCCCAUUCCUCAAUACCCUUUGUACUCUGCUUCAAUUGCCCUCCACGGUGGUACACUGGUUCCUUACUUCCUUGAUGAGGCAUCAGGGUGGGGAUUGGAAACUUCUGAGUUGAAGAAGCAAUUGGAGGACGCAAGGUCCAAGGGUAUCAACCCAAGGGCCUUGGUUGUUAUAAAUCCAGGCAACCCAACAGGGCAGGUGCUUGCUGAGGACAACCAGCGGCAGAUUGUGGAAUUCUGCAAGCAAGAAGGUCUUGUUUUGCUGGCAGAUGAGGUUUAUCAAGAAAAUGUUUAUGUACCUGAUAAGGAGUUUCAUUCAUUCAAGAAGGUAUCCCGGUCUAUGGGAUAUGGCGAAAAGGAUAUUUCUCUGAUAUCAUUUCAAUCAGUAUCUAAAGGGUACUACGGGGAGUGUGGAAAAAGAGGCGGUUACAUGGAAGUAACUGGUAUCAGUCCUGACGUAAGGGAACAAAUAUACAAAGUGGCGUCUGUGAAUCUUUGUUCUAACAUCUCUGGUCAAAUUCUUGCAAGCCUUGUCAUGAGUCCACCAAAGGUUGGAGAUGAAUCCUAUGAAUUGUAUUGUGCAGAGAAAGAUGGAAUCCUGUCCUCCCUAGCAAGGCGUGCAAAGACUUUAGAAGAUGCGUUGAACAACUUAGAGGGUGUGACAUGCAACAGAGCAGAAGGGGCAAUGUAUCUCUUUCCCCGCAUAAACCUACCUCAAAAGGCAAUUAAAGCAGCAGAGGCAGCAAAUACAGCUCCAGAUGCAUUCUAUUGUCGCCGCCUUCUCAAUGCCACAGGAAUCGUGGUUGUUCCUGGUUCUGGUUUCGGGCAGGUUCCUGGCACCUGGCAUUUUAGGUGCACAAUAUUGCCUCAAGAGGAUAAAAUUCCAGCCAUCGUCACCCGUCUGACAGACUUCCACAAGUCAUUCAUGGACGAGUUUCGCAACUAGAAAAUUCCCAGUUUGGUCUUUCAGGAUAAGCGAUGUAGUGGGCAUUCAUUUAAAGGAGACGAACAUUUGUGUGAAGCCCCUAUGAUCCUUUAUUUUUGUGGAGGAUAGACAUGUUUGGGUACAGUCUUACUAGACGUGAUGAGAAUAAUAUCUUUUCUUACAAGGCUUAAGGUUUGAAUGGCAUCAAGUUGUGCAAUUGUUUUUAUUUAUUUAUUGGUUU